AUGAUCGAAGAUAAAUAUAUAGGGCUGGGUCUGGCGCUGGGUGGAACCUUCUUGAUUGGAUCAAGCUUUAUAAUAACGAAGAAGGGGCUAAACGAUGCUGCGAAGAAAGAUAUGAGUGAAUAUCCACAUUCACAUCAGAGACAGACUGGACCUCGAAAUGCAUCGGAGGACUUGUCAUAUCUGCAGAAUCCUAUAUGGUGGGCUGGUAUGAUAACGAUGGUCGUCGGUGAAGUAGCAAAUUUCGCUGCUUACACUUUCGCGCCGGCGAUCCUAGUAACGCCUUUAGGAGCAAUGAGUGUGAUUAUUGGUGCUAUCCUGGCUUCUUUCUUACUGGAUGAGAAAUUAGGUAGACUAGGAGUUUGUGGAUGUGCUUCCUGUAUAAUCGGGUCCGUCAUCAUCGUUCUACAUGCUCCUUCAGACAAAGAAGUAGAGACUGUAGAUGAGAUACUUACAUAUGCCGCAAAGCCAGCCUUCUUGUUCUACAUCACGUUUGUCGCUGUCUUUUCUCUUUACAUGAUUUACCGUGUCGUCCCAACCCACGGUACAAGAAACCCUAUGGUAUAUCUAUCGAUAUGCUCUUUGGUAGGAAGUGUUUCAGUCAUGGCUAUCAAAGGUUUUGGUGUAGCGCUCAAAUUGACGUUUGCCGGGAACAACCAAUUGACCCAUAUCAGUACAUAUGUCUUCGGAGUAGUAGUCGUGGGGUGUAUCAUGGUGCAGAUGAACUAUUUCAACAAAGCUUUGGACACCUUCUCUACCAAUGUUGUCAACCCUAUCUACUACGUCUUCUUCACCACCGCCACCAUUAUUGCUUCUGCCAUUCUUUUCUCGGGCUUCAACACCCCUGGAGGAGUCAACACCAUAUCACUGAUUUGCGGGUUCUUGAUCAUCUUCAUGGGAGUGUACUUGUUGAACAUAUCAAGAGAACCAGAAGCACCCCAUCAUGCAUCAACGAUGGAAUCGGGAUUGAUGAACCCACGAAUGAGCAUGUCCGGUCGAGUGUCAAUGGAUUCCAACAACCCCACAUUAUGGAACUACGGUUCGGUCCCUGGAGGAGCGACAUACGCUGCAGACGGAUCAUUACAUUCUGCAGGACACGGCCGAAGAAGCAGUAUCUAUCGAUCUCAGAACUCUACACUUUUCAAUGCGUUUGAAGAAGAAGGUAUGGCUUUGACGCAGUUACCUGAAGAGGACGAAUCCGAUGAUGAGUCAAGUAGGAGAGAGCAGAAUCAGGGACCAGGACGGAAUCUGGUGGGUAAGCAGACAAGAAACGAAGUUGCUGGUGGGAGACAUCCAGCGUAUCAGGAGUCAGGGAGAUAA